AUGAUCAUCAGCCUCAAUGGGGGACACAGGGGGGAAAUAUAUGGAUCACAGGGACCUAUCCACAACAAAGAUACACUAUCAAGAUCAGAUAGAACUCGUAAAGCUCCUGUGCAUUGGACACACGAUGAAGAAGCAAGAUUCCUCCAGUACCUCCUCACACAUAAGGCCCAGGCUGGGGACACCAUGAGCUUCAAAAAGUCGACCUUUCGAGGAGCUGCUGACGAUAUUGGUCAAGUGUUUCCUAAUCAGCGUGGAGGGGAAAAGACUGCAAAUGUCUGCAAGACAAAGUGGACCAACAUAAGCACAAUCACCAUCAUCCAUUGCCAGCCGCAGCUUACUGCUUUUCAUGGAGUAAUGAGCUUGGAGCAGGAAUUAUGGACGCACAUGGGGACAUUUAGGAGAAAUAUGUCAAGUCCCACUGUGAAACCAUUCAAGACUAAGGGAUUCUCGCACUUCGACACAAUCAACCAGAUCAUGCCCCAUGGGCCAAGCACUGCAAAAGGGAUGCCCCCUCCACUGUAUCUCCAACUCCCGCUGCAAAUAAUACCAUGA